ACGAAAAAGAUUACGUGUUUUGCAGUUGAAAAGGGGAAAUUUUUUGGGUUUUCUCUUCGUUAAUAAAUAAACAUAUAUAUAGCUGUUUAACUUUCUUCAUUUUUCUCCUAAAAUUUUUUUUUUUUGGUCAUUUUUCGCGUUUAUUUAUUAAUUUUUUUCUUUAUUAUUUAUUUAAUUUAUUUGUUUAAAAUUUCUUUUUGAUAAUAAAAUUUUUACGUACAUUUUUGUUUACUUUUUACUUUGGCUAUAUUUAUAAUUAACAAUGAGUUCCUCUACCCAGGCCGAUCCAGAAGAAUUUUAUGUCAAACAAGAUAGAAUAGGUAAAGGAUCUUUUGGUGAAGUAUUCAAAGGUUUUGAUAAAAAGACGAAAACUCCAGUAGCUAUUAAAAUUAUUGAUCUUGAAAAUGCCGAGGAUGAAAUUGAAGAUAUUCAACAAGAAAUUUCAAUCCUCUCACAAUUGGAUUCACAGUAUGUUACAAGAUAUUAUGGCUCUUACCUUAAAGGAACUCAUUUAUGGAUUGUAAUGGAAUAUUGUUCUGGCGGUUCUUGUUCAGAUUUAAUGAAGCCAGGAGUCAUCAAAGAAGAGUAUAUAGCGAUUAUAUUAAGAGAACUACUGAAAGGAUUAGAUUAUCUUCAUAACGAAAAUAAAUUACACAGAGACGUCAAAGCGGCGAAUAUUCUUUUAAGUUCGACUGGUGAUGUGAAGUUGGCCGAUUUUGGAGUUUCGGGACAGCUUACAGCAACUAUAACAAAGAAAAAUACUUUUGUUGGGACGCCGUUUUGGAUGGCACCUGAGGUUAUAAAGCAAUCAGGAUACGACUUCAAGGCGGAUGUCUGGUCGUUAGGUAUAACCGCCAUCGAACUUGCCAAGGGUGAACCGCCUUAUGCAGAUCUUCAUCCAAUGAAAGUACUUUUCCUUAUUCCUAAAAAUCCACCUCCAACAUUGGAAGGUUACUAUUCUAAAGCAUUCAAGGAAUUUAUCGCAUUAUGUUUAGAUAAAGAUCCUAAUAACAGACCUACGGCAAAAGAAUUACUUAAACAUAGGUUUAUUCGUAGUGCGAAGAAAACCUCCUAUUUAACAGAGUUAACCGAACGACAUGAAAGAUGGUUGGCUGAAGGAGGUUGUCAGAUAGAUUCUGAGGAAUCAGAUAAUUCAGAGAAUGGUGUCGAUGAUUAUGACGAGACAAAUUGGGAAUUCGAAACUAUUAAACAAUCCAAAACAAGGUCACCAAAUUAUUCAGAUGAUGAUGAUGAUUUGAAAGAUUCCGCUACAAUUGGACCAUCAAAAGGAAAACAAGCAAAGGCUAUGAAGGAAAAUGAUUCUGGUUACGAUACAAUCAAACAUGUAGAUAAUGAGUGCGUAGAACUCUAUGGUCAUCCAGUAUCAGGUCCAGAUGUUUUCAAAAAAGUGAUUGUACCAUCAAUCGAUAAGUUGCGUAAAAAAGCUCCCACCCAAAAGGCUCAAUUCACUUUGGAUGCCUUGAAAAAAGCUUUUGAGGACGCUGAAAGGGAAAAUCCGGGAAUAAGUGAGACAUUUAUGCAUGCAGUGUUUCAAAGAUAUGAUGAAGUUAAUCCUUAAACGUGUUAUUAUAUUUAAAAGAAUGUGAACGAAUGCAAUUUUUAUUGUAUAUAUUAUAUAUUAAAUUAUCUCGCUCUAAAAAUUGAGUACUGUUUAUUAAUAAUUUUAUUGUUUAUUAUAUAAAUACUUUUUAUUUCUACUCUCCUUUGUUAUUCAGCACUUAUUCCCCCUAUUUAUAUAGUUCGAUUUAAUUAUCCUUAUUAUAAACAGAGAAACAUUGGUAUAUACCCAACAAGUACACUUAAAUGUUCUUUAAAAUAUCGUUAUUUAUUAACAUGCGGAUGAAUCACUUAAUGAGUCUAAAAAAAUUUAUCGAAUGUUCUAUUAAUAAUACAAAAAUUGAUUAUGCAAUGAAUAAAUAUAAGACGAAUAAAAUCAUUCAGAGUAAA